AUGUGUCCAUUAUGGCCAUUGCACUUGAUAGUGUUGUAUCUGCUCGUGUUAGGACCUAUGUGGGUUCUAUGCCAGGCUGCUCCGAAUCUCAUGGCCACGUAUCUGCCAACGGAAGUCGAAGAAGUACACAUGGGAGAUACCUAUUACGUUGAUGUUAAUGUUACAGGUGCAGGUCUUCGUCCAGGUGCUCGUCUCCAGGUGAACGUUAGAGACGAACACGUGGCAGAAACUAAAUGGAACUCCUCUUAUCAGAUAACAGAAAGUGACGUUAGUGAGGGGAAGUUUAAAGGGAGGUUGAGGAUUAUAGGGAAUUUUCUUGGUAGAACGAUAUUAUCUUUGGAAUCCAUUAGUGUUGGGGACACCAUAGAACCUGUGAAUGGUACACUAGCAGUGACUGUUACCAGACCACAAAGAGUCAUAGACACUAUAUUCACAACUAGUAUAGCGAUAUUCAUAUCAAUUGUGUUUAUAAACUUUGGUUGUGCGAUGCACUGGGAUGAGGUUAAAGGAGUUGUUAGAAGACCUAUUGGACCUAUAAUAGGUCUAUGUGGACAAUUCGUGUUUAUGCCUUUGAUAUCAUUCGGUCUGGGUUAUUUGAUCUUCCCUUCAUCCCCGUCUCUUCAUCUGGGUAUGUUCUGUACGGGAGUAGCGCCGGGGGGCGGAGCCUCUAAUAUAUGGACCUUCAUACUUGGAGGAAACUUAGACUUGAGUCUUACUAUGACAUCCAUAUCUACGUUGGCUGCAUUCGGGUUCAUGCCACUAUGGUUAUUCACGCUUGGCCAAGUGGUAUUCGCGAAUGCAAGUAUAGUGGUUCCGUACAGCCGUAUCGCCAUGUUCGUGAUAGGACUCAUAGUACCUCUAAUCAUAGGAUUGGCGAUGCAGAAAUUCACUCCACGACUAUCAGCAUUCAUGGUCCGGAUAUUGAAACCAUUUUCAUCUUGUAUACUGAUUUUCAUUAUAGUGUUCGCGAUAGUCACCAAUUUAUAUAUAUUCGAACUAUUCUCUUGGCAGAUAUUACUAGCUGGUAUGGGUAUCCCGUGGUUGGGAUAUAUAUCCGGAUAUUUAGUAGCUUGGAUAUUCCGUCAACCUCAUCCUGAUGCGCUGGCUAUAUCAAUAGAGACGGGAAUACAGAACACUGGAAUUGCUAUAUUCUUACUAAGAUAUGCUUUGCCACAACCUGAGGCUGAUAUUACAACUGGUAAUCAUUAUUUAUUAUAUAUAUUCGUGCCAGUCGCCUGCGCCAUUAUGACACCAAUUCCGAUGACAGCAAUAUUUAUAUAUCAAAAAUUAAGUGCAUGCAUCAAAAACAGAACAAAACAGAAGAAAGAUGUCGACGUCCCCGAGACCGUCGAGUCCGGUGUCCAACCUGCCGCUAAUGGCAAAUAA